ACAGACUAGGCGAGCAUAGCCAAACAAGUCCCAACGGAUCCGAGCUAAAAAUAAAAUUUAAAACCAAACAAGGACAAGAUGUUGUGGGGACUCAGUUCGGCGUUGGAUUUGUACGAGGAGUACCUGAAGGCCUUCAAGAUCAACGAUGAUCCGCUGACGGUGGAUGGAGAUUCACGCGAGGAAGCAGAAGGAGCUGGUGGGGAUGGUCCCCAGAACUCCAUAAACAUCCUUAUCUGCGGCGGAGCUGAUCCGCGUCAUGUGAUCAAGACCCUGGCGAAGAGGUACACCCAUCGCAUUCGCCCCAAACUCAGAAUAUACGUGCUGGAUGGUUGCGCCGAGAUUGCAGCCAGGAAUAUGUUGCUCCUGGGCAUAGCCCUUGAGGAUCCAGAGUCCUUUAGCCUGGUGUGCAAAGUGCAUUUGUUUAUAGAUCUCUAUGGGAAUGCUGUAAUCCGUCCCAGCUCGCACCACUACAUGGCCGCCAAGGGGCGCACACUGCUCCAAAUGGUCACCGAUGAGGUCAAAAUGCAGCGUUUGGCUCCCAUGCUGGAUAUAGAAGGCCUAAAGUACAAAGAGCGUGACGGGUUGGAAAUGGCCUUCAGUUUCUGGCAGCCGCAUCCAUGGAAUGUAUUCGAGGUGACCAAAUACUGGGAACAGCGGUCGAGGACCCUUUUAGGAACUCGUUACGAUCACCGAAACGGGGCCUUUGACUGGGACUUGAGCAUGACCCUAAAAGAUCGUGGAGGACAACAGAUUUGCUCGCAGGAGUACCGAUACUGGCGAGAGUCUGGUGUGGCUUUUGUUUUUCCCGAGUAUGAGCAAUGUAAGCCCAACAAGACCCUGGCUGCUGGUUUGGUCCGAAACGGACGCACCUUCCUACAUCGUGGUUACGUGGGCGAUAUCCAAACAGGGCCCUUCUGUGGCUUUGGGCUGCGUACCUCCGAGGAGCGAAUGCUUCACUCGGUGCAUGGGGACAAUGACUAUCGUGCUACUGACAUAACCGAACGCAAUCUCCUGGAACUUUUCCAUGAGCUGCAGACCCAGACCGCCUACGAGCAUGAUCCAAUGCGCUCCCGAAGGUAUGGUUCCGUCCAGCUGCUGAUGACACCGUUGCUCAAUCACCAGGAAGUGGAUGCAGCAGGGCAGGCAUCCUACGACAAGCCCUGGAUCCCGGUGCCCGGGGUAACCGUGCACUAUGUGUCGCCUUUGGAGAUGGUCCAGCUGCAGCAGGGCGCAGAUCGCUGGAACAACAUGUUCGACGUCGCUUUUAUGGCCUAUAACUAUUACUCUUUCCUAAGCAAGGACUUCUUCAAGUCUCUGCGCACGCCGGCUCUUUUCAUCCUAGAGACCAAGCUUAUGACCGUGGAGCGCAAAGAUCAUGUGCAGGAGUUCGAGACUAAGGCAAAGGAACUGAUGAAGCAGGCCGGCCUCAAAGCGGCGAUCAACUAUCAGGCCAUCAAUGUGAAAAAUAUGUGGCUCAAGUACAAGAAGACUGAUAAAGAUGAACCAGAAGAUGAGGACGCUGAGCCGGAAAGUGUUCCAAUAGUUGAAGGCGACUCAGAUGGUGGUCUUUCUGAAGAGUAUUCUGGCCUAGUAAUUGAAGAGAUUCCGUCAGGGAAUCAGACUGUUGCUGCGAUUAAAAAGGAGGUAGAGGCAGAAGGUCCGCUCCAGCCAAAGAACACUUUCCACAGUCUGAACUAA